UCCAGCGAUGGAGCUGGGAGCUGGCCACAGAGAGGUGGUACCCCGCGUGCCAGCCCCAGCGGCCGGCAACGGGCAACCGCUAUCUAGAAGCGCCCUAGGUGCGCGUGCCCUUGUCUCGUGCAGGCCUUGCGCGCUCCCAUUCUUCGCUCAGGCGUUCCAACAACACGUCACAGGCGGCACACCCAACAGUGAGCGUUUCCCUUGGAGCCUCUUAGGCAUUAACGGAAACCUCUCUGAGCGUCUGAGUCCAUUUGAAGGACCCGACUGAUGCAGAAUUGCGCUCCAUAGGCAAUUACCUGAGCCGGUCUCGUCCUUGCGCGCCGUCCUCUGCUCUGUGGGGCAGGGACCUGCUGGAGAGACCCGAGUGCCUUGAGCCCGCGUACCCUGCCCUCCGUGUUCACUUGGGAGCUCCAACCCUACACCUGACUCACAGGCUGUCGUACGAGGAUCUUGUGGCUUCACCCCGUCGUCGUCGGUACCAUCGGCGGUUUGUCAUUGUCCAUCCGUAGCAAUAUCCAGCCCAGCAAGCCCGGUGUUUAUUUAUGGGGAUCGUUCCCUCAGUGCCCAGGAAUGGCCCUCAGAAGCCACAGCUGUCUGCUUGCAGCUCCAAGAUGUCCUGCACCUCAGUGAUCCUGAAGAUGGCAUCUGCAAAGGGCAAACUGAUGCUCCAUUUGGCUCUGAAGCAGACAGUCAUCUGCGUGUUGUCUUCCUUGUUUGUCCACUUCCCAAACCUUUGUGUAAAGAAGACUCUGGUGAAGGCCCUUGAAGAGAGCAGUCAACCAAGAGCCAAGAAAGAGAAAGACCUGGAGGCCUUGGUUGAGAGUGGAAAAGGGCUAACAGAGCAAAAGAAAGGACACUCAGUCCUCGAGAGUCAGGACGAGCAGAGAAGGGGCUCGAACCGUGGGGGAAAUUCACAGUCCGCAUUUAGGUGCCUGAUGGUCAACGGGAUCCUCUCUUCCUUUGUGCCCAGGCCUGGGCCUCUGAAGAGAGGCUUCUGUUCCAAGGGCUCAGAAAAUACCCUGACUAGGAAAUCCCAGACCUACUCUCUGAGCUCAUGCAGCAAACAAAAUACCAUCACCAGUUCAUACAGCUCCACUAGAGGUUUCCCACAGCUGCAGAGAAGCAGUGCAGGCUCAGCCAGGCUCCUGGGCCCAGCUUCAUUGCAUCCCCAUGUGCCUGCAGAGAAAGCCAAUGAGGAAAGCCAACAGUCUAGCCCUUCAGCCUCAGCAGGACCACAAAGGAAGAUCAAGCAUGAAAAGGCUGCAGAUGCCCCCUUAGGGCAGAAACAAAACUUGAAUUGCUCACAGCCAUCUGACAACUGCAGGCCCCUGAAACGCAAGACUCCUUUGCUGCUGCCCUCCAGGCCAAAUGACCCACUGAUCCUGCCCCCAUUCCCCCAGCUAGGUUAUCAAGUCACUGCUGAAGACCUUGACUUGGAGAAGAGAGCUGCAAUCCAGUGGAUCAACAAGGUCUUGGAAGGAUGAUGGAGCUAAGAUCCUGAGCAAUCAAAUAACUUGAGAAUGGUGAUCUCAUGAUUCAUCUGCAUAGGAGCUGACCCUCUAACAUGAGUGCCUACCUAGGUUGUAUACUGUUCUUGUAGUGCAAUGUCACAUUCCAUGCAUGGUCAGUUUGAUACUUAAAUAAGAUAAUCAUCUAAAAUGCUAAA